CACUGUAUUGCAAUAAUAUAAUUAUUAUAGAUUUAGCCAGGGGUAAGACCCAUGCUCUCAAUAAAUUAUAUCCAAAGUUUGUUCAAACAAAAUAUAAAAUUGUGUAAUGCUAGGCUGUGAAGGCAGUGCUGGAGAAGGGUGAAAAACAACAAUAGGUCUAAUCAGCAAGCAAGCAACUUUGCAUGUGCAGCACACUUUUUUUGUACAUUUCUUUGCCGUUGUUUUGCAUGACUACAAUGUGAAACUUCCAGAAACUUCUUAGUUCCACAUUUUUUGGAAGAAAUGUCGUACGUGUUGUCGUUGAGCCCUUUUUUUCACUGCUGCUCAUUUUCACCUUGCAUUGGUGGCUGCUAGCAUUUCUCAUUUUGUCACCUCUGCUACAAAAUUUUCUUGUUGUUGACUUCCAACUAAGAAAUGUCUCCUUAUCUCUUGCCCUAGAUCUCUGUCACCCUUUUUCUUGUUGAGCUUUGCUUUCCUGCCACCUUCUUUCUCUUUUCCUCUGUCUUUCUCUUGCCCUAUAUACCAAAUUUGUGGACAUGACAAUUAAUCUAAGCGUAAUACUGUAGACAACACGGAUAUAGAAACAAUUUGCGCUUUCCGUUUUCGUCUUUAUUGACUCUUUAGUUGUCUCUGCUUUACAAGAUGCAGGUGGCUAUGCGAUUUCCUGCCAAAAUAAUCUCGAGUUGCAUUUGGGUUGCCAUACCUCUUGAUUGAGUUAUUUUACAUUGGUUUGCCGUUGGUGCGGAUGGAUGGCGGGUGGUCAGUAUACAGUCAUUUGAUUACCAAAUUUUCUGCGAUGGGUAGAUUUACUUACCCAUGGUGCUCCGCUGGCGCAUGCUUUGCACGCGCGAGCUCCGCAAUAAUUCAAUAAUAAAUAUUCUCUCAUUUAACAUUCAGUAUUUAGCGUAUUAGUAUAUAUGGGAGAAUUAUUAAUCAGAUCUUGGGAGUUAAAUGGUAAAGUCUACAAUCAGUGGCAAAAUUUUUGAGAAACUAUUGUGAAAUGGGGUAUAAUUCAGAGAACAAACCAAUCUUUACCCCUCCCCCUACCCUCCCCCCAAUCAGAGUUGGUUUGUUUGUUGUCUUCUAAAGUUAGUUUUGUUUAGACUAGGUUAGUGGGUGAAGGAGGAAAAGUUUCAUGUUUGCAUUUUCAACCCUCCAAGUUGGGACCAUUCCGGUCGCCAUGUGGCACCUAAAAUUUUGUAGCUGGUGACUUGAUUUGUAAAAAAGUCUCCCUAAACUAAAAGAGUUGGUUGCCAAAGGGUGACCAAGCAAAAACUUUAACUUGGAGGGUUUAUUUGAAGUAGUUUUGUAGUGUCAACAAAAUGCAAGAAAUGUCAUUGAGGGCAAAGGUUCUCAUUCCAAUUAAUUUUGUUGCUAGGUACAGUUGUAGUAGUGGGUGGCUGCAUCAUUUUUUGUUAAUUAUGAUUUCUUGCGAAUUAUUAAUCAGAUGAAAUUUGAGGUCAUUAUUACUGCAUGAAAUUGCACCAUCACACAUAUGAAAAGCUCCAAAAUGAUCAGGUAGACCUGUGUAAAUUUCUUUGAAAAAAUAAUUCACUUAUGUAUGCAUGUAUGAAAUUAGAGCCAUAGAAAGUAAUGUAAAGUUAGUCUUGUUAGUAAGAUACAGUUUAUCUUUGUUCUUUUACAGUUAUUUUUUGUAGAGGCCUGCUACUUUUAAACUUAACUACAUUAUAGUAUGUUUUAUAGUCACCACUGGUGAUCAGCCAGUGGCCUUGUCAGCUUAUAUUUACAUGUAUGAAAACUGAAUGUGAACCUAUAUAAAAGUGUGUUCUGAUUUUAAAGAGUGUCAAAUUUCAGUAAGAAAGCCAAUGACACUCAGUGGUGGGAACUGUAUGACCAGAAGACUCGUCGCUACUACUAUUACAGUGCAGGAACACAAACUACAGUUUGGCAUAAACCAAAAGAUGCAGAGAUUAUCCCUCUUGCUAAACUACAGGUAUGUGUUAAGUAUCAUAAUGUUUUUUGUAUUAUUUUCAGUGAAAACACAGACUUUAGAGGUCCUGUAAGUGGGAGAGUGUUCAUGACUAGUUACUUAAUAAUAUGGCAAUUACUGCUUUGGGAUAUAGGUUACUAAAAUUUUUACAUUGUACUCGCAGUUUGCUUGAGAAGUUUAGGGUUUCUGUUAGCAAGAGUGUGCAUUGGUUUUGAUGAGUAUGACAUUUUCCAAAAAAGACAUUCGUCGUGUACUUGUGUUUAUAUGAGAAAGUGGGCUUUCACCUUGGGAUUUCUAGCCAAUUCUUUCAUUUGUAGGAAGGGUGAAGAGUGACAUUUUCUUGGACAAUUAUUUGCAAAUAUUCAUAAUCUAUUUUAAUAAUUAAUGUAAAAACUUCCUCUGAAUUUUUUAGAUCUUACAAAUUGCAUGAUCUUAUCCUGUCGGUAUUUAUAAAGCUGUCAAUCAAUUUCAGAAUGGUAAUUUUAUUGUGCUCUUUUUUUGUGUGACUUGUAAACUAAUUAGGAAUUUGAAAUCAGUAAUUAUUUGCAAAUUCAGUGAUUCUGUACUUUGUGCUCCAGUUGAAGUCGAUAAUCCACCUUCAUUGUGUCAAACUUGAUUAUAAUUUUGGUUGUUAACAUAUUUGUCCUGAAGCUUGUUAAUUAUUACCAUUUUGCAAGCAUAAUGUCAUGUGCUGUCACAAAGAAAUACGAGCACUCAUAAUAUAAAGCCAAAAAGAUGUGGUAAAAGCAAUUUAUUUAUUGUGUACAAGUAUCUCAUUUAUUGUGGGCAGUGGAGGCUAUGUGUUUUUUGGCUAGAGUGGUGGAAUUCUUUUUUUGUCGUGAAGUGGUAAAUACUGCAGUUACACAUACCUACAAAAUUCAGUAAAAGUAUUAAUUAUUGUCACCUAUGGUUUAGGAGUUGGUGUUGGAUAAUUUUUGAACUUUAAAUCAUUAUAUUUUAUUGGAAGUUAUUUUUUAUUUUCUGAGAGUAAGUUUGUUUUAGUUAUUAAAUAUUGGUAAGAAAUUGAAUUAUUUUUAAAUGUUUCUGAAUCCUUGAAGAGGAAAUGUGUUUACAGUAGCAUAUUUAUAUGUAAACAUGGUGUCAUGAAAUUUAUCUUAGGGUUGGUAUGCGAUUGACUGUAUUUUGGAAUAAACAGAUGACUAUAGAAAGCACUUUUUUGAUCUUCGUUAUGUUGUAAUAUUCAGAUGACUGCUUGAAAAAAAAAUAAGGUGCUUGUAGCAUUCAUUUGGUCCAAAUAUUAUGUUAAAAGUGAUUGGUAACAAAACGUCUGUAUAUUCUCUAUGAUUAAUGAAAUGCAACCCCUCAAAUUUGAAAAUAUUAUGAUCAUGCAGGAAUGAAACAGUGACUUACAUACACAUCGUAUUCUUCUGACCUGUAACUUAGCUGUAUUUACAUGUACUCCUGUCAAUGGUGGUUAAACUGCAUAAAGCCUGAAAAUGCCAAGUUACGAUUCUCCCUGAAAAGACAUUUCAACUAUUUUAAAAGACCAUUUUUAUUCAAUUUAAUGUAGACCCUAAAAGCAAGAGAAAAGAGGCGAGCAGCGAAAGCCAGAGAAGAGAGAAGAGAAGGUUCAAGUCGGCGGGAAAGUUCUGAAAGAAGAAAGAGGGAUGGCAGUCUCAGGAAGGACAGCUCAGGAAAACAUGAUGAUGGGAAUUUACAUCGAAGGGAAAGUAGUGGAAGGAAUGGAGUAUCAAGGGAGGGAUCCUCAUCACGACGGCAUGGAAGUAGCAGGGAAAGAAGAGAAAGAACAAGUUCAAGAGAGCACAAAAAACAUGAAGCAGAGGUUAGUUUCUAGCACAGAUUAAUUUUAAGACAAGCUUUGGAUUUUGUCUUUUAGUUAUCUAAUGAUGAUUUUGAGGUUUUAGAGGUGCAUCAUAAAUCAGACGUAAUGGGCCUAUACAAGUCUGAAUCCUUCACAGUGGAUCCCUGGUCAUAUCAAAUCCUUCGAUAUAGUGAAUGUUAUUUUUUGUCCAGUAAUAGUAAUACAAUUAAAAAGAAGAGAACUUCCAUAUCAUGAAAGCUUGACAGAAAACAUUAUUAUUUUUUUAGUCCCCUGGUCCUUUGUUAUAUCAAGGUUCCACUGUUACAUGACCUGUAUAAUAUAUUUUUAUGUUGGUUUUAACCAAAAAAAGAUCAAUUUACCAUAAAUCCUCUAUUAAGCAUCCUGGGGGGCUUAUUUAUUUCAAGCCCAUUUGAGGUGGGGGGGCUUAUUUGAUUUAGAAAUGACGAUGGUAUCAGUUCUCCAUAAAGAACUAGAAUACAAAGUGGAAAAGCUCAAGUACAAGACGUUUUGGGUUAUUGCAGCCAAGGAUCAGAAUCAAAUCCGAACUUCCAGUUGGUAAAUAAACCAUCCCAGAUCAGUCCACACGAAGUUUUACAGUCGUGAUUUAUUAGUACAGUCUAUCAUUUUAUUAGUGAAGAAUAAUUAGGAGAGGGGAGGGGAGGGGAGGGGGUUUCAUAGAGGCGGGGGGCUUAAUAGAGGAUUUAGGGUAACUCAUGGUCACUCACAGAAUUUAUGGUUGCAUAAUAUCCUGAAACCACUGGUUAUAUACAAAAAUGAUAGCAAUAUCAUUACUUUUGUUAUAUUUUAUGCAUUCUUUGUCUUGGUUGCCUCUGCAGCCUUCAAAGCUGGGCACUGUUUUCAAUUGGAAUAAGGUGUAUUGCAAAUCCGGAAUCUGGAACUGGGAAUAUUAAGAUUACUCACCCAUGCUGGUCUUUUCCUCCUUCCUGUUCAGCCAUUGAGGGAGUUGUGGGGGGUUUGGUGUGAGGUAUUCAAUAAUAAUAAAUAAUUAUUAGUAACAAGUUGUGAACAAUACAACUGAGAUGCUACAGUUUAAAUCUCAGCCUUCAAGCUCCUCUACUGCAGUUCCAAAAGAAGCCACUGUUGUGGAAAAUGGAGUGGAGGACAAGCCAUCAAAGGGUGACGCUGAAGAUGUAGUUGAUGCUAACAGUGAAGAGGUAACAACAGCCCAUGUGGAUGAGGUUGAUGCAGAACGCGUAGAAAAAAGAAAGUCCCCUGAACUUCCCCUGCCUGGGAUACCCUUACCCGAGCUUCCCGCACCAGAAGCUCCUGCUGCCACACCUGAUGUGACAAUGCUUAGUGUUCAAGAUGGAAAGGAGAGUGUAACUGAUGAUGAAGGCCAGCUUACACCAUCAGGAACAUUGUCAAGAACUGGCACUCUAGAUGAGUAAGAAACUUUAUGUUAAGUUAUGUGGUGGUUCAGGAAUUCUAUUAUUAGGCUGUCUUUGGCCCAGCUUCAAAGAUUAAGAUUAAGAGAUGCUGGAUGUAGGUGACCCAGAAGGCAUUGUGUGUCCUGAACCCCCUGCUAUGGGGCAGAUCAUUUGACUUUUGAGGAGAGGGAGAGUUUAUUUUUGGGGAAACAAAGUGGCAAACAGACUUUGAAUGAAAACAUAAUCCUAAAUGUGGUUUUUGUUACAUGAAUUAGUCACUGUUAACAACAGUCCUGUGGAGGACCUUACUAUUAUUAUCAUACAACCUCUAAUGACAAUUAUUUUAUAUUGCCCUCUUGGAGUAAUGGUGGCUACAUACACUGCAAAGAGAGUAAGUAAUCAUCAGUGGCAUUUUCCAAAGUAUUCGACCACUGCAUUAUAUUGUGCAGUCCAAUGUAUCCCUAUCAAAAGUUUCUAAUUCCUUUGAAGCAACUUAACAUGAGAUUAGUUUGUUAAUGGUAUUUGAAAUAAAUCAUAUAUGAACUGUGGAAAUGAAAUGAAAAUGAAGAAAUGAUCGUCGCAGUGAACGCAAUUUAUGUUAUUGUGUAAAGAAGCCUGAAAAAAAAAAAAGAAAAUUCAGGACUUCAACCGGGGUUGACCUCGUGACCUCGCGAUCCUGGUGCGAUGCUCUACCAACUGAGCUAUGAAGCCACUGACGUUGGGAGCACUGAAUUUUUUUUCAGGCUUCUUUACGCAAUUGCAUAAAUUGCGUUCACUGCGACUGUCAUUUCUUCAUUUUCAUGAGAUUAGUUUAUUAGUUAUCAUUGGGGUUACUAAAAUGUGUUUCAUUUUUGUGGCCAUACGCAGUAGCACGGGAGAGGAUCACCUUAGCCCAUCAGGGACCAUAGAGAGGGCGCGACAAGCUGUGGAAAGUGCGUCAAGGACUAUUCUGGCAAACAGAGCUGCUGCAGCCUCCUCUCAAACAGAGAGAAGAGAAGAUGAUUCGGUCUUUAUUGAGCGUGGCAGCUUCAAGGGCUCCAGGAAAGGUGCUCAUGGUAGUCUUUGUCUUGUAAUGAGGAGUUUUAAGCAACACUAAAGAGCUUAUGUAAAAGUUACAAUCUCUGGCAGUGACCAUCCCUAGCUGUGCAGAUCUAGGACAAAUACUGACUGAUUUCCUAAAUGAGCGCCAAAGCUUCUAGGGUGGUCCUGGGGUAUGCUCCACCAGAAAAUGUCCCCUUUCAGGGGUUUCAAUGAAAUCUUGCUCCAUAUCCUAUACAACAUGGAAAUUAACCUUGAUAAAAUAAUCUGCUGAUUUGCAAGGCUUCAUCUGAGGAGAAUGGAAAGACCAAUAUCCUGUAAAUAAUUUGUUUUGACUCCACAGGCCACAGGGAGAGUGUGGAUGAUUCUUUGAGUCUAAAACUGAGAGCAGGAGGCAUGCCUGCAACUACAGCUCGUUUAGUUGAGGCAUGCGCACCGCCUUCCUUGAAUGACAGUCUGCCAAGUAUUCGCUCUCUGCGGCAUCAGAGACAAGUGAGUGACAGUGUUCUGAAAGAUCUUAGGAUUGAUGAUGAUGAUGAUGAUGAUGACUUGGAUACGAAAUCCCUUGGGACACCGAGCACUUUGCCACGACUAAGCCGACCUUCCUCCAUUGCUACUCCGGCAACAGGCUCUUCAAAGCACAGUACCUUGGUAAGUGGCUUGCAUUGUGUCUUGGUAUUAAUAUAUACCGUUGAAAUUCGUUGAGACUGGCCCUUGUUGAUGUAACAAUUAGCUGCUUUCAUUUGGAAUUUAAUUGGCCUCAUUAUACGCAGCUCACAAUCACACGAAUUGCGUAACGCAAAAUUUAUGAGAUAAGUUUAUCAAAAGUAUUCUACCAGCAAUGGAAUAAGCAUGAGAACUGAAUUAGCUAGAGCGUUGGUUUGUCUGCAAAAUUACUAGGGUUUGUGUGAACAAAGAAAAUUACUGGACCGGUAGAGGUGCGGUCCAGUGGCUUUUUCCAGUGCUACCUAGAAUCUUAUUUUUCUCCAUUAUUCAAACCGCAAUAUUGUGACAUGAUUUGACUUCUUGCCUAUGUACAGCUGCCCCCUCCCCUCGAUUUUUUUUUUGGGUGGAAGGUGGUGGCUGUACAUGGGCUUAUCAAACCUGUCUGUGAAUAUAUUUCAGCUCUUCACGACAAGGUGAAGUUUUACAGGCAGUUAGCUCCAAUUUGACUUGAUAUGUUUCUGCUUGUUUCCCUGUUUCUACCAGGAACGUUCUCAUUCCAUCCCAGGCUCCAAGCCACCUUUGAUGAGAGCGCUAGGUGCUUAUGAAGAAUACUUUAGUCAUCACAAGAAAGGCGUUUUCAGACGAAAGAGAAUCUCUUUAGCAAGCAUGCUCUCCUGGUCAAAGGUACUAAGUGACUUUUGAGUCCCUGAGUAAUCAACCCAGACACAUAUCCUGUCAACAUUUGACUCUGGUUUAAAACCCUGUAUAAAAGAGUUAAGCCCCCCAGGUCGACGAACAAAAAUAUAACGGCAAGUAGUGUCUGGGUUCUGAGAAACUGCCCACCUAUCCCUCCCUAAGCCAAAAUUUACACUUUCCUCUUACUUAGGGUAAAAUGUUUGCUUAGGGGAGAGGGAGGUGGGCAUUUUCCUAGGAACCUAAAUUGAUCCCAACGAUUGUUAGCCUCCCACGCAGAUGUUCUUUGUGCUUCGUCACGCGUUCCUUCCCCACCCCUCCACGAAUUCAUUUUGCACGGCUUUACUUGCAAAUGUUUAAUGCCCCUUGUGAUUUUAUCAGGUGCCUAUCAAGAAACCGCUGAUUUUGAUCCAAGACAGACAAAUGAAAAAGGAUGCAAUCGACAUGUUUAAAUUAAUUCUCGGCUACAUGGGAGAUCGAACAAUCAAGGGGAAAAGUCCGGAGAAACUGGCUUUGGAACUCACUACCAAGGGCUGGGGUACACCUAUACUGAGAGAUGAGAUUUACCUGCAACUGUGUAAACAGACAACCGACAACUUUAGACCGUGAGUAGACUUGUGACAAGUCGAGAUGCCACGUUAGGACAAAACGUGAAGAUCGUCGGGAUGAAGCACUUACCCUUACGGGCGGCCAUCUUGUCAGAAAUGUACCGAGUCUAGCCUGGGCAUGAGCAUGAAAUCUGGGGUGGGGGGAUACUUGGGUUAAUUUUUGCUGGGUAUGUGCUGCUGACCUCUCAGAGCCCCUACUCCAUUAUAGUCUAUUCUGUGGCCAAUUAUAGACACCGUCUUAGUCACUUUUGGGCAAAUAUGUGAUUUUUCGCGAUCCCAACUUAGUCACUUUCUAUUUAUGUAUCUAUAUUAUCAAUCCUUUAAAUAGGUCAUCAUAAAAUGAUUUGACCCAUUUUUUACAUUGAAUGAAGAACACUUUACUUUUCAUUUACAGUACAAACAUUCUGACACGUUUGCUAACUGUAAAUUUGAAGAACUUUCUUACCCCGAAAAUCAGCCUGAGAAAAUGUGCGACCCCAUUCUAGUAACUCUAUUGAAAAUGCGACGCCCCCUAUAGUCAAUCCAUUCGUGAAAAUGCGAACCCAUCCAACGGCACAUAGCCUCUUAUAAGGAAGUACCCCCCCCCGGGUAUCAAAUCUAUUUAGGGAUGAGGGGGACCUCUAUUUUUCUUUUUUGUCCUUCUUGACCCCUUUGCACGAGCUAACAGCGUUCGCACAUGCUCUGAUGUCUUAAAAAGCGCUCUCGCACGCUCUGAUUGUCACACCUUUUAAUACCGAGUUGAUCCGGCUGGGCGAGCCAAAGUGUUUAUAAUAAUGGAGGCAAGUUGGCCUGGCUAGGAGAGUGACCCUACCAUCACAAAAAGGUGACCCGACUAGUCUGAGGUCUCUGAAAUUAUACCGUGCACAGUGUACGUAUAGGCGAAUCUUUGCUGAUGUCAUUUUUUAGAAGGCGUCAGCGUAUGCACCAAUUAAAUUCAAACGUUGACAGAGUUUGUUAACUUGAACAAUUUGUGCAAUUUUCAGCAUUUUACAAGCGAUAACAAAAUAAAUAACAGACAUCGAAAAAUGCGAAAUUGCUGGGUGGCAUAACAUUAAUGAGCCCAUACAUUCUUUGUAAAGUUUCGACUUUUUCAAAGCUAAUUUCUCCGAAAUUAUUCAGUAUAUGGAGCUCAAAGUUUCACACUUGACUGAUUUUUUACGCUCUUUCGAUAUUCAGAGAGUUUAUUUUAAUAGCUUGAUCAGAGGAUGAGACGCACAUGCCAAUGCGGCAAAGAAUGUAGACAAAGAUUUGCCUAUUGUACUAGUGAGGUACAUCUUGACAAAGUGGUCGUUUAAUAGAGGCGGUGGUCCGUUGUAGUAGUGUAGUGGUAAGGGAGAGAGAUCAAAUUAGCGUACGAAAGGUGUGGUUCGAUUGUUUCUUUCUUCUUAGUGGAAACACUUUCAUUGACGGUGAAAAUGGCAGCGACUGUCUACGAACGGAAAAUUUCCGGCGCCUUCUUAGUACUUAGCCAAGCUCCCUAAUCUUUAUAACAUUGCAUUUGUUCCUGUUUUCAGCGACAGUCUACGAUGUGGUUGGGAGCUCAUGGCAAUAUGCCUCGCUCUCUUUCCUCCUUCCACCAAAUUCUACUCAUAUUUAGAGGGCUACAUUAAUAAGAACCUUGAAGACUCCGACUGGAAAGAUGUAAGUUGUUUUUGUUGUUUGAUUUGCUUUUUUUGGGCCAGACACUUCAGGUAACUUUCACGUAACCUCGUACUCUCGAGGUAGAUUAAUGGUCUUUUAGACUUUCCAUGCGUAAACCUAAUAGGCCUUUUUCAAAAAUAUCUUUGUUUUCCCUAAAAAAAUUUCCGUCGAAAUGGUUUGCAAUUUCUCUUGGGACGUACCAUUGUGCAACAGAAUGUUUAUGCAAAAUUUUGGAGGGAAAGCAAAGAGUAUUAUGGUCUUUUGUCAAAGACUUUAGUUUUAAGGUUAUGUUCUACCCUGUGCCAGGCUCUCGGUCUUUGUAGAUAAGCGAAAAAAGCGAAAAAGCGAGCCAGCGAAAAACGGCGGGAACCGUCUCUCCCCAGUCCUCACGCGGUGUUUCGCACCUUUUUUCGAUCUCUUUCGCCUACUAUCUUGGAGCCUGGAACAGGCUAGUUAUGCCCACUCUGACGCAUACAGACUUGAACGUUUACCACUGUCAAGAGAAGAAUAGUACUUUAUCCGUUCGCACGGGAGACUCUUCAGUUAUAUAACUAUACAGAAUCCAUUAACGAUCGUUCUAGUGUGAACCGAAACCUAAACGCUGAAAUUUGUAUCCGUCUAUAAACUAUAAUGAAAUCGUGUGGAAAUAGCCUAAAGAAGGAAAAGGUAGCCCUUGAAAGCGUUCUCUUAGUAAAAUGACACUUUUUCCAACUCUGCUCCUGAGCUACAAUGUGUAGGUACAAAUUUCUGUAGUAUUGACGUAAUUGUAAGUGUUACUCUGUUCUUUUCUUUGUUUUAGAUUCCUGUAACCCAGUACGCCAGCCAUUGUUCGGUGAGACUUAAACGAAUCGCUAGAACUGGGGCAAAGAGAGGGCUCCGGAAACCAAGCGUAGACGACAUUCAGCAAGCUAAGGUAAGUCGCUGAAUCGCUCUUCACAAUACAGUUGUUGUUACCUAUUUAUUUACUUAUUUUACAUUUAAAAUUAUACAACAGAGAUAUUAUGAUUCACGCUUACCGCAAACGGCAAACGUCAUACUCAAGUUGAGAAUUUCUCAGAAUAGAAAAAAAGCAGAUAAAAACAGUCCCGAACGAUUCCUAUGGUUAACACUGGAAUAAAACUACUUAUUUUUGUGUAGAAACAAUAAAGAGUAAACGGAAAGUAAGGGGAAAACUUGGUCACGUGGUACAAAUUCACGUCUGCCGUUUGGCGUAAAGGUGAAUCUUAAUCUCUCUAAUGAUGAAUAAAAAACAUGACACAACGUUUUAAGCUUUGAAGACUUUUUGGGGAUACUUCAGUAUCCAGUUUCACAUACUGUAGUUUCCCAAAGAUGUCUUCAAAACUUUAACGCUCCUAUGUUUUUUUUAAAUAAAAAAUAAAUUAAUACCUGCAGUGCUUUACUGCACGUAAUUUGAGACUGCGAGCGGUCUCUUUUUUUUCUUCAGAUUUAAUGAGAGGAGUGCACGCGCGCGCGAGCGUCGAGCGGCUCAGUCACGCGCCUGUGAUAAUUUUCGUGUCUCACGCGUUUCACUCGACGGACUAAGAAAAAAGAGAAACUGCUCCUAGUCUACGUAAUUUCGUUAACAUUUCUUUCUUCCUUUAUUUACCUUUAAAAAAGGUACCGAAGUCUAGACAAUCUAAUUGGCCAAGAGAUCGUUAACGAGGGGCAAGGAUAGAAAAGACUUCGAGAGUGCACCUUGUAAUUGUUAGAUCGCAAAUAUAAGAGCACUUUCUGUUUGGUUUUAAUAACAUACAUAGCAUAUUUUGUGUGGCACAGGCGAUGAUAACAACAACAUGAACUCAAAUGUACUUCCUCAGGGUUGACUUACAGCAAGUCAAGACGAGACCAAAAUCAAGGCUUUCGUGAUCUAACAGCUGUUAAAAGCUUAUUCGGUCUUAUUGCCAUUUCUUGUUUACAGUCCUCGGUGUUUCAGCUGUCCAUGUUUGGCUCCACUCUCGACGAAAUCAUGGAAGCGCAGGCGAAGCGAUUUCCUUCACUUAAGCUACCCUGGAUUUUACCCACCCUCGCUGAGUCAGUUCUGCAGCACCAAGGCGCAUCAACGGAGGGCAUCUUUAGGUAGGCCACAGUACCCUAGUUGUGAUCAAGAAACGUCAUAGCUACUUCCAUAUUUACUCGAUAAAACGCGGUAGUCGGAAGCAAAAUUACGAAUAAACGCCGCACUCAAUCAGAAGAAUUCGACUUUAAUUCGAGGAUACGACACGACAACAAAAUAAAAGCAACAACAAAAACAAUGACAAAUACCGUAAACUGCCGCUUUUAACGCCCCCCCCCCCCCCUUUCCCCAUCUACUCUUAAACAAAAAAUUACAUCCGAUUAUUAGGUUAUUAGUCCACCCCGGAAGGAGGCCCCCUCCAGCUUGUAUUGAAACGAAUUCGAUUUAUGACAUUUUUAACCGAAUUAAGAUGUAUAAGCCCAGAGCUCGUAAGCGGCAGUUUACGGUAUCCUAAGUGGCGUAACAGUGGUCGUUAAUCAUUAAUGUCCCUCUCUGUUUCAGGGUCCCUGGGGAUAUCGAUGAGGUGAACUGUCAGAAACUUAAACUGGACAGAUGGGAAGUACCGACAGAUUUUGCCGACCCUUUUGUGCCGGCUUCACUUCUCAAACUGUGGUUCAGGGAACUUCACGAACCUCUUAUACCGGAACGUUUUUAAUAUCCUUUUUAAAAAACAGUUAACAUGAAGUUGGGGUGAGUGGGUGGGUGAGGGGCAGUAGUAGUCUGGCGUUCAAUAGAGUUACUACAUGAAAGCGCAGCGGUUUGACGACCAAGCCGUGGCAGGGGUACCCUGCUCUCAGGCUAUUGCAGGGAUGGGACUGUUUUGGAGGACGAAUUUGGACCCAGUUUCCUCCGCAAUUUUACAAUAGCUAAUAAAAGAAAAGAAGAGAUAUCCUCCCCAAAACAGUCCCAUGGUGCAUUUCGGUACAUUUUCUUCUGCCGUUUGGAUAUGGUUCUUCAACGGUUCUUGGGAAUUCAAAUCCAGGAGGGUUCUCGUACAUUUGGCAAAGUGAGUGAGUUGGAAUAAUCGUGAAGAAUAUUGAAAGGACGCGAAUUCACUUUUAUUAAGCGACGUUUCGCCACCGUCGCCGCCCCCUUGGAUUUUUAGGUCCCUAAUGAGUGUGCACAGACCACAGUUCUGUUGGAGAUUGUUAUACUUGGUUAUAAAUGUCACCAUUUGGAAAACUCAGAUAUCAUUUCCUUAACUCCUCUCCACUGAUAAGUGUGUUAACAACUGCGACAACCUCACAGUAGCUGUGGCGCUUGUGAUGGCUCUUCCUGAAGUCAACAGACUUGUACUCUCUUACCUCAUAAGAUUUCUACAGGUAUGAGUUUACAUGUAUCAGUCAUCUUUGAACCGGCCUGCAGAACAGGCGUUACUGUUUAGCGUUUUUCAGGCGAGAAAAAGACCGAAUUCUGGUGUCUAAGAAGGAGAUAUCCAGACUUGCUCUUUCAAAAUUUGGAGCAUUUUAUUUCGUAUUAUUAUCAUUAUUUAAGUACUUUUUCAACGUUUUAAAUGAAGUCAUGUAGUGUUCGCACCCGGGGGGUGGGAGGGGGCUACUGAACAAAAAUCUGCACGGGGAGGCUCCCCUGACCCCCUCUAACCCCCUUGUCUAUUUCAUAAACCAUUUUUGACAGAAAAACUACCACUUUUGCAUACCUUCCAUCAAGAAAUGUUACCCCUUUAACAUACCUUCUUAAUAAGAAUAAAUGGUUUAAAACAGACAAUCUUCUUUUCAUUUUCUUUUAACGUUUAAUAAAUUAAAAUGAUAUAGCCAUCUGAUUAGGCGAGUCUUUCGAAAUAUUUUGAUCGAAGGACCUUUUCAAUACCUAUACUUUCAGUUGUGUAAUUCCGACCUGAGGCGUGAGAAAAGGCACCCCUUUCUGGCGGAACCUCCCCGUAUAGGCCAUUGUAGGGAGUGCUUCCCUCUCGGAUGUUUGUAGAACAUUUUCAUUGAAAGAUGACCGAGCUAUGAUUAAUUAUAGUUUAUUUUCUCUCUUUUAUCACCAGAUAUUUUCCCUUCCCAACAACAGCACUGUCACGAAGAUGGAUGUUAAUAACUUGUCGAUGGUUUGGGCGCCAAAUUGUCUUCGCUGUCCGUCAGAUGACCCUAAAGAAAUUUUUGAGAACACACGAAAAGAAAUGACAUUUAUGCGAACUCUCCUACGAAGUCUGGAUACUACUUUCAUGGAAGGAGUCCGCUGACAGUUGUCUAUGACAGGAGCAACAGCAUCCAGGGGUUGUAAUUCCAAGAACACAAUCUUCGCCGAUGACAAAUCGCCCAUAGUUGGAAUGCCAGCAUCUUUCCCGCUGUAUUCAGUGCUAAAAAACAGCAAAAUUUCCCGAUUUUGAUACUUAUUUGCUUUCAAUUUGGAAAGGACAGCAAAUGCGUUUAGGUCAGAUAGGCUGAAGGCUCAGGUUUUCCGUCACUAACCGUGUGUCGUCGUGGUG